AUGCUUGGAGUUAAAUUAACACUGAAAGCAUUUGAUAAAAAAAUCUCAGAAGAAAUUUUACUUUCAGGCGACUGUACGAAUGCCACAGAAUCGGAGAAACAUGAAACUGCAUGCGUUAAAGAAGAUGACGUAUCCGAUGAUGGUUUAACAGUACUGUCCAUACAAAGACACAGGGGUUUCUCCGCCAAGGAAAGGAGGAAAAUCAUUAGAAAGAACGUCAUUCAAAUUCUGCAGAAUUCAACCCUGACGCCCUUCAGAUGGCUGAGGAAAUUCUACAGAUGCUUCUUCUGUCGGGAAAUUUUCAAAACACCUAACGAAUGGAGAUUACAUCAGUCACUGCAUAACUUUACUAAGGAACUGCACGUCGCCGUAAAUAGUUAUUGGGAGUCUGUUGUCUAUGUGGAUGUUUCGAAUAUUGCUUGUAAAUUGUGCACCGAUGCAAUAACGGAUUUAAACGAAUUGAUAGAUCAUCUAGUAAACAAACACGGUAUUAAAUUCAACGAAGCAAUCGGUAGAUGCAUGAGCGCGUUCAAAUUGGACGAUAAUUUCGUCUAUUGCCUUUGCUGUGAUAAGAAAUUUUACACGUUUAGUCACGUUCUAGUGCACACAAAUAAGGACCAUAAGGGUGGCAAUGAUGUGCUCUGUGACAUCUGCGGGCAGUAUUACAGAAGCUUGAUCUAUCUGCGCUAUCACAUCCGAUCGGAACACAGUGACGGCGUUAAAUGCAGACAGUGCGGUAUCCUACUCCGAUAUACAAAACUAAGAACGCAUAUGCAGAACGUGCAUGGGAAAAAAUACAAGUGUUUUAAUUGCCUGGAGAUGUUCGAGACGCAGUACAAAAGAGCACAGCAUACAAUGAACGUGCAUGGUGAUAGGAAGGUGAUCAGUUGUCAAUACUGUGCCAAGACGUUCGUGUACAAAAGUACGAUGUUGCGGCACGUGAAGGAGUCGCAUCUGCGAGAGAGGAACACGCAGUGCAAUAUAUGCGGCUGGAAGUCGUUCGCAGUGUACGCGUUACAGCGGCAUAUGAUAAAACAUAGUACAGUUAGGAGCGUGAAGUGCCCUUCAUGUGACAAAACGUUUAAAACCAACAAAACUAUGAAACAGCAUUGCAUUAAUAUUCACCAGAAAUCAUGA